CUCUCUCAGUGAAACUCUCGAAGGAUCGUUCCAACGGCUACUCGUUUACCUCCACCUCUGCGAGACGCGUGCACCAUGAGGAUUAUAACUUUGGUAAUCCCGACAUGCCUUCUGCUGCUAACAGAAGCGAAGCGAGUGGAGAUCCGUCCGCGGAUCGCGGAGCCGCAGGUGUACUACGAGGAAGAAGACAGCCAGGCGGCUGAGGACGAUUACAACCCGGCGGUGUACCAGCCGCGGACCCGUGCGCUUCCUUCGCCACGAUCGAAGGACGCUCUGCACCCGUCGAAACCGCCACCGGUUCAAACGAUCCGCAACUACAACAAAGUGAACGACGACGGAUCCUUCACGUUCGGCUAUGAAGCAGCGGACGGCUCCUUCAAAGAGGAAACUCGCGGAACGGACUGCGUAGUACGCGGCAAGUACGGUUAUAUCGAUCCAGACGGCAACAAGAGAGAAUUCACUUACGUCUCCGGCAAUCCCUGCGACCCUAACGCCCCUAAAGACGAAGAAGACGAACUACCGGAGAAACAAGAAGAAGAUGACUUAAAUGGACCAGCGAACUACCCAUCAGUGAGACCAGUACCAAGACCUGCACAAGUUAGACCCAGCUACCAGCAGCCAACAACCCGAGCUCCAACCACGAUUUUCCAAACGGAAUAUCAGUUAGACGAUGAUGCCAGCCAAGAGCUAGGCGAAGGUGACUAUGUCAAGCCAUCUCAAUUGCGACCAAGCUCGUACAGAACACCACAGCAACAGUCUUACGUCCAAGCGACACCGUCUACAGCCUUAUAUGAGCCGUCGCCCACUGCCAGCCCAGCCCUCUACAGACUGGCAUCGUCCACGACGCAGUAUCAAAGCACAGCCUCCCCCGUUCAUCGUACCCAGCCCACCGUAGCCUCGCCAGCGUAUCAGACCCUGGAAACCACGACCCGCCGGCCGGUCACGCGUCACCCGAAGCCUCAGUCAGUAGCGAUCACCCCUAGACCCCAUGUUGCACAGGUAGCUGCCCAGUACGUGUCCCCUAGUAGCACCGAACGUAGCUCGUUAGCGUACAACCGGCCAUCCGCCGCGGUGACCGCGUCUCCAGGCCUGCGCAGCACGACGCUGAAUAGCGCGUCCCACCUAGACUUCGCCGCCGAGCUCGAGCGUUACGUGAACACGGUCGGCGUGCCGGUCGUGCCAAAGCACGCGCAAUCGGCGCCCCAACAGUCACCGAAACCGGUUAAAUCGCCGGUAGCCGCCGCGGACCCCAUCUACCAGUCGGAGCUGGUGUAUGAUCCCUCCACCGGUCAGUACAAUACCCAACUAUAUCAGACGCUACCCCAAACCGUGGGUGACUUCACCCUAAGUCACAAACUCCAACCGUUCGUAGCCCAGCCACAGUCCUACCUUGGACUGCAACAGCUGCAGCACUUGCAGCCCCAACAGCCCCAGCGUCAGUCACCACUUUACAAGCAACCGAUCGCCCAAUCGGCACCUUCAGCCGCCGUUAACCAGCCCCAGGAGGUCCUGUACAGGAAACAACAGGCUCAACUACUCCAGCAGUCCCAGCAGCUGUACGCACAGCAGCAACGCAGGCAACAGCAACAACAGCAGCAGCAACAACCAGCCCAGUCCCACAGGCUCCAGCUGCUCGAGUCCCAGACGCAACCGCAGUCCUUCUAUUACGUAGCUCCCUCGAGGUCCUCCAAUGCAGCCAGUUCACCCCUAACUGCAAGUCAGAUCGAUCAGUACCUGCGAGCCAGCGCCGCUGGUUACUGAUCUAGUGUCCUUCUCGUGAGUCUUUUUUGCCGAUUUACGAAAUCCACGGGGAUGUAAUAUUCUUCUGCCUGUAUUUCCUUUCUUUCUCGUACCGUUCUUUACGAUGCUGCGCCGAACGGCGACGCUUUAACCCCUUGCCUUGCAAUUUAUUUGGUGAGUGGUCUACUGAGUCACGUUGUUGUUAACUAUCUGCCAGGGAAGGAAAUUUUCUAUUCUUUUACGGGUGAAUGUUCGUUCGCAGAAGUCUGACGGUAUUCAGAUAAAAGUAGUAGUUAUUUAUCGAAUCGAAGGUAAAGUUUUGGCCACGGGUCUGGCUCGAUUCUAUAAGGGAAGGGGUUAGUUAGGGAGAUUACUGUGCUGCCAAUAUGGCUGCGGAGGUGCGUUCUCGGGAUUCGAGCAGUGCGGUGAAAAUUUUUUAUGAGUAUUGUUAACGAGCUAUUGGGAUGCUUUUAUGAUGGCGUGGGAUCGGUUUGUCGCUCCAGUCGUGUCGUGUCUCUCGGCGUUUAGCUGAUGGUGGAUUCUACAGAUGGUUGCUUGGCUAUUUUAAAAUGUGCAUGGCGAUUUAGAACGUAUGCUGUAUUUAUGACGUUCGAAGACAUCGAAUGCUACGCCUGAGUAGUGCAAAAAUUUCUAUUGAACGAAAUGAGUAUUUUUCGAAUAGCGUUAUGACUGCAUGGUAUUCUGUAUCACUAAAAAAUAUUUAAUCGCUUGCAGUAUUCGAAGUGUGAAGGAUAAGAAGAAUCGUAUCCUGAAGAAGAUAUCGCAUUACACUAUCUCACGAUUGUUAGACUAUCAUUAGGUAAGCAUUGGCUUGCUUUUUUUACUGGAUGAGCUGAAAUAAUUAUUCGAAAAUGUAUGAUUAAAUAUUUUUGAGUGUUGGAGUAUGUACACUAGAUUCUGUUUAAUUAUAUUGGAUAAUGUAUGCUUAUGGGAUGAAUCAGGAGUCAUGGUGUGAAGCUCUAAAAAUGUUCAAAACUAAUUGUAUAAAUAUGACAAUCUUGACAAAUUAGCCUGCUGAUCGCGUGAGGUGCUUAAAUCACAUUUAUUAUUCCGGUAGCAUUAAAUCCGGAAAUUAUUGAUCAUAAAAUCUAUUCAAAUUCGAGAAGCUGUUUUAAUAGUUUCUAAGAAUUUCUUAAAGUUGCAAACAAUUUUUAAAGUUUCUUAAAAUUUCUUGAAGAAUGUUGCUAUUUAGAUCAGAACGUAGGCUAAGGUUUUAAACAUUUUGCAAUCAUGCUUGCUGGGAGGGUCGAGGCUCUCCAGCAUCCAGUUGCAAUUUCUAGAGCAUUUUUCCAGUGUUUACGUUAAAAAUGAUUAUCGUUAGAGAGUGAAAGUCAAUGACUUGACGCAACGCCACGUACGCGAGAUACAUUACCACGGCAAUUUCUCAUCGCACCCGAUCCACACGGUAACAUGCUAUACCGCACGGAUUCCACACGAAUGAACACAACCACGUUCACACCACGAAUAUUCAUUGUACACGCGCACGUUUCAAACACGAUCCUGCAGCCCACGUCCAAUUUGAUUACAAAACACCAAUACGUAGGAUCGAACCGGAUAAACAUUUGCUGUCGUAACGAUGACGGUACGUUUUAAUCACGCAAUGAUAACUUUCCCAGACAUUUCUUAAUUAACGACUGGCUGCUGGAAAAUUAAUUAGAAACUAAACAUCUGAAAGUUAAUGAAAGUUACAAGAACAAAACGUACACUCCUCGCGAUUAUGGAAAACGAAUUGAGACCUACAAUUCGAAUAAUCGUAUUUAUUAUUUAUUUUUCUUAUUGUGCAUUUUUGUUAAUGAAAAUUGCAUCGCGCAAGAUUUGUUGAAACAUUUUCCAGAAAAUAUUGUACAUUAAUUUAUUUCCCAUGUAUACUUCCCCCGAAAAGGCGAGACACGCCAUUCAUUAAAAAUUAACGCGAAAGACAUGAAAACCUACAAAACAUGAUAAAUCAACAAUUUUAUUAAAUCAAUUUUAUUAAAAUCACUUUCUAAACAAAAUCUUUUCUUCGCAUUAUAUUUACUGGUACACAGAAAGUCUAGUUGUUCACUCACAAAAAAAAAUGCACUUAAGUAAUACAGGUUCGAAUUAUCUCUUCCUGUUGCAUAGCGGAUUUUCAAGUAAUUAAUUCAUAUUUUUACAGACACAUCAACCAACGAGGGUUACACGUAAACUUCGUAUUAUCGGUUUAAUCUCGCGGAAGAUAAUACGAAAAGAUUUCCUAAAUUCCGCUUUACUGUGUAUCAGAUUUUUAGAACACGCUGUGGUUGCAUGAAAUCAGCAAUACAUUUCUGGUAUUCGAAACGGAACGUGGUAUCCGGAAUAGUAUCGAUAUUUUGCAACGGAAAAUUUUGCAAGCUCGCCCGAAGUGCGAUCGGUCUCUCGGGACCGUCCUUAGAAAAGUGACGGUAACUUUCAUUGGCGUGGCGUCGGCCGGGCAGGGACAUUCUAUUCGGCUCGGGUGAACUUUCUAUUUGCAUUCCCUGUGACGCGGCCUAUGAGAAUCGAUUCGAAUCUAAUACAUCCUACGACUAGGCCGAGCUAUGCGCGCACGUACAUACGUUCUUACGGGCGCCGUGGAAAUCGGCUGCGCGAUCGUAAAUCGAAAGGCGUGGACCCCGGCGAUCGCACGAAACAGAUUUCACACGCAUCGAAAGGUUCGCUCCGCCGCUAGUAAGUACACGCUAUCGGUGAGUGCUUUCUCUGUUACGCGAUACACGCUCGGUAGGCAAUUGUCAAGUUCGUUGUAUUUAUCCUGUCCGUUUGCUGACGGCUCGCUUAGACGGAGCUUGACGGAUCUGCUAUGAUGAAACGCGGCAACUCUCGAGACGACACGAUCGCUCGAAUCUGCUUAAUUGUAGAUUUCAAGUGGAGAUCAGGGUUAAUCGCGACGGUAGAAGAUGAAAUUGGUGUGUAUCGAUUAACAUUGAUGGAUUCGAGAAUUCGAAGGAAAAACUUGUGGGAUUGCGAAUGUAAAGGAAAAAUUUGUACGGUUGCGAAUUUAGAGGAGAAAUUGGUAUAAUUUGGUGUGUAUCAAUUGAAACUGAUAGAUUCGAGAAUUCAGAGGAAAUAUUUGUGGGACUGCGAAUUUAGAGGAGAAACUGGUAUAAUUUUAAAUUUGUGCAUCGAUUAACAUUGAUGGAUUCAAAAAUUCAGAGGGAAAACUUCUGGGUUUGCGAAUGUAAAGGGAAAAUUGGUACGGUUGCGAAUUUAGAGGAGAAAUUGCUAUAAUUGUAAAUUUGGUGUGUUUUGAUUAAAAAUGAUAGAUUCGAGAAUUCACAGCAGAAAUUUAUGGGAUUGUGAAAGUAAAGGGAAAAUUGGUACGGUUGCGAAUUCAGAGGAAAAAUUGGAAUAAUUAUUAUUCCAAUAAAAAACUAUUGUUGGUGUAAUUACAGUUGCAAAUUUGGAAGUAAAACAUUGGUAUGAUUACGAGCUUACAGUAAGAAUUGGUGUAACUGCAGCUGUGAAGCAAAAAUUGGUAUGAUUACGAAUCUAGAGCAGCAAUUUGAGAGUAAGAAUUGGUACAUUUGUGAAUCUAGAACCGAAAUUGGGUGUAAUUAAGUGUGGAGAGUACGAAUUGGCACAUUUGCAAGUUUAAAGAGAAAAUUGAUACAACAGUAAAUCUAGAGCAAAGUUCAAUGAAAAUUGUUAACCUAGGGCAAUUACGUAACGAUAAAGUUCGUAGCUUUUUCGUCGGCGGUACCGUGCGUAAGUGUCGAUACGCACUUCUGUCUAUUCACAUUGUAAAUACUUUUUCGUUAGCAUUAUUAUUUAGCUGUCUAGCAAUUUAUAACGUUCAUUACUGUGCCGGUAAGGAAAAACGUUUUCUUACGUUUAUAGUUGUUUUUUUAUACUAUUUGUAAACGUGAUCGAAAAAAAAGAUAUAUCGUAAUGAACACCGUGUGCAUUGUUUAUUUCAUUUCGUUCACGAACCCGAGAUCGUUUCAGCGGCGUUCCUCGGAACUUCUGACGCGAACGAGAGGAAAGUAAAAGCGCGAGGAGAACCGUAAGUACUUACUACGAAAAUGUUAAGUACACCGCUUCCGUGACUUUUUGCCGCAAUGUGUGCAUCGCUCUUCUGUUGCUUUGCAAUUCAAUUACAAGUUAAUUAAUUGACAAUGGAAUUCUGCGAUAGUAAACAUUACAUUUCGAGGGACUUUCUCUUCCUGGUAGUCGUAAUAAAUUAUUUCACGCAUUUAUAUACAUAACGAUAGUCUAGUUUAUUGAUUAUAAUGUAAAUUUAUGUCCGUUGGAGGAAUUCAUAACAAUAAACAUACGAGAAUAUUUUUUUAUAUACGUGACGUGUAGAAUUAAAUACGAACACUUUGAAAAGAGAGAAUUUUGUUUUCUAUGUUCAAUAUGCUUGUUCAUUUAAAAUUCAAAUAUGUUUUUAAAGUUUCAAUUACAAUUUUAUCUUCAAGCUAUAGUGAGUGAAAGGAUAUUUUGAAUUUAAAUUGCUAAUAUUUAAUUAGAGAAAAUAGUGAAUUAUUAAUUGGUGUAGUUUGUAAUGGUGCAGCUUGGGUUUUAAGUAAUUUUAGUCAGCAGUAAAAAUUAAUUUUUUAAAGGAAGAAGAGC